AUGGCCAGCUCGAGUCAUUCAUGGCCCAAUAGCCAGGACGAUUAUGAGUUGUUGGAAGUGAUCGGCGUGGGCGCGACGGCCGUCGUUCACGCGGCCUACUGCGCGCCGCGCGGUGAAAAAUGUGCCAUCAAACGCAUCAACUUGGAGAAGUGGAACACUUCCAUGGACGAAUUGCUCAAAGAAAUACAGGCCAUGUCCAGCUGCAAUCAUGAGAACGUCGUAACAUACUACACAAGUUUCGUCGUAAAAGAAGAGUUGUGGCUCGUGCUUCGACUCUUAGAAGGUGGUAGUUUAUUAGAUAUAAUUAAACAUAAAAUGAGGAUUUCUAAUUGCAAACAUGGAGUUUUCGAUGAAGCGACUAUUGCUACUGUUCUUAAAGAAGUACUAAAAGGCCUUGAAUACUUUCAUCAAAAUGGCCAAAUACAUAGAGAUAUCAAGGCUGGCAACAUACUGCUAGGAGAUGACGGAAUAGUCCAAAUUGCGGAUUUUGGCGUGUCGGCCUGGCUUGCUACGGGCAGGGAUUUAUCGAGGCAGAAAGUACGCCAUACAUUCGUAGGUACCCCUUGCUGGAUGGCGCCAGAAGUCAUGGAGCAAAAUCAUGGAUACGAUUUUAAGGCAGACAUCUGGUCAUUUGGGAUAACGGCCAUCGAAAUGGCGACCGGCACUGCACCCUACCACAAGUAUCCUCCAAUGAAAGUGUUAAUGCUCACACUACAGAAUGAUCCUCCAACAUUGGACACUGGCGCCGAGGAAAAAGAUCAAUACAAAGCAUACGGCAAAACCUUCAGAAAAAUGAUAUCGGAGUGCCUACAGAAGGAUCCUACAAAGAGGCCAUCAGCGCCAGAAUUACUGAAACAUUCAUUUUUCAAGAAAGCGAAAGAUCGUAAAUAUUUAGUUCAAACACUAGUGACGAUAGGACCAAGUAUGGAGACUAGAGUGCAUAAAGCGAGUAAACGACAACCUGGGACCUCCGGUCGCCUUCAUCGCAUGGAGACCGGCGAGUGGGUGUGGGAGAGUGAAGAGGAUGAUGAGGAGGAGGACGGGGAGACGAGUCGCGACCGACCGAUGAAUCAGCUUCUGCGCGCGGACUCUUCUGAAAGUGAGAGCGAGGAAGGCGAGCCUCGCGCUGGCUUCACCAUUGGCUCUCUCGACGCAGAGGAAGCGCCACAAAUCAACCUAGUACUACGUAUGAGGAAUGCUAGAAAAGAACUAAACGAUAUUCGUUUUGAAUUCGCAGCGGGUAAGGAUUCCGCAGACGGUAUUGCGACAGAGCUGGUGGGCGCAGGACUGGUGGAGGCUCGAGACUCAGUUGCUAUCGCGCAGCAGCUACAACGGCUGGUCGAUCUGCACCUGUUCCCGCCUCCGGACGCGCCUGCAACGCGCUCGGUCACGUUCCCGUUGGAAUCUGCCGAUCCCGCAGAGCCUCUAGACGAGAAGGGCCUGGUUGGAUAUGCGCAAAUAUCCAUCGUGGACUGAUUCGCGCUCGCACUUGCACUCGCUUGCCUUCACUGGUCCUCGUCCACCCUCGCCAGUCCCCGCCGGUCUUCACUCACUGUCGCCGAUCCUCCCCCGUUUGAUGGACAAUAAUAUUUCUUAGAGGCAGCCGCGCCUUGUACGCCGCCACUUUAGCAUGUAGUGAAAUCUAUAUUAAGCUCUAUAUUCUGUUAUAUGCUUAGGUACCUAUAUAUUUUAUGGGUGGAUAUGGAUUUUAGUUAUAUAGUUUUAGCUCAAGAGGAUGUAUAAUUUUACAUGACUAUAAGCUGAAUCUGAAUUUGUAAUUAUUUUUCCUGAUUUUAUAUUAGUAUUGUGUUCAUUCGUCUGCUUUAUUGUAUUGGAAACACUGUAAUUGGGUUGAAAUUUAAUUGAACAGUUACUUUAUGUAAAAUUGUUUGCAUGGGCAUCGGUCUUGAAUUUAGGUAAAAAAAAAAAAGGGUAUAAUGAUUUAAAAAUAGUGUAGAUCAUAUAAACCGAUUCCUAAUUUAAUACUUUCGAUUUUAAAUGGUUCAAAAACUAUUGCUGAAUUUCGGAUUCUAAGGAAUGUCUUGUGUUUGAAGUGGUAUGAGCAAAAUAUAGGUUACCCUACAAAAUCGCGUAUGAAAACACACGUGGCGUCAUUGUUGCCGUAUUUGAAAGACCUAUAUAGUGUUAAAUCAAAUCAAAACUAAGCAGGCUUAUAAAAAUACUGUUUUUAUACA